AUGGCACCUCUUAUCCGAGUAAUCGGUUCACUCAACGCGGACAUGGUCUCAGUAACUCCCCACUUCCCUGAGGCAGGCGAGACGAUCACAGCGACUUCAUUUACGACGAGCGCAGGAGGCAAAGGUGCUAAUCAAGCCGUGGCCUGUGGCCGAUUGUCCCGAUCAAAACCUACCGAGACGCAAUCGUCGAAUUCGAACAAUCCAGUCAAUGUUGAGAUGGUCGGCGCAGUCGGUAGUCGUGACGCAUAUUUCCAAUCGCUACUAGGACCGACGCUAGAGAAAUCCGGACUAGAUACAUCGCGAAUUAGGACGGUAGAUCAUUACACUGGUGUGGCGGUGAUUGUGGUGGAUUCGUCGGCUGGUGGUGAGAAUCGCAUCUUGUUCUCACCUGGAGCCAAUUAUACAGGCAUGCAACCAAUUUCAGAAGUCCUCGGCAUGGGUCUAGCACCCCCAAUUCCCGACGUCAUUGUAAUGCAGGGAGAAAUACCAACUGAGACAACCAUUUGUAUUCUACGAGAGAUAGCGAAAUACAAGAAGAAUCAGAGGGGAAAGGGACUAAAUGGGAUUGAUGCGGGACCAGAAGUCAUGUUCAACCCGGCCCCAGCACCACCUGGUGGCUUACCUGAGGAUGUAUAUAUGGCCAUUGAUCAUCUGAUCAUGAACGAAACGGAGGCUGAAUUAAUGGCACCCAAGACCGAAGAACUGCUACGGGUUAUUCCCAGUGCCAAGGGUGCAAGUCUACGAGAACAGAUAGCGCAGUAUUUCCACAAAUUGGGGGUGACAUACGUGGUGAUCACGCUUGGAGCAAAGGGGGUUUGGUACAGUGCUUGCGACGCCGGCACAGCGAUAGCUGCGGACAACGAAAGGCGGUUUACGAAUGAGAUUCCAGCCGCAAAAGUGUCCCAGGUUCUAGAUACCACGGCAGCAGGCGAUACGUUCAUUGGCGGCUACGCAACACAUAUAGCUCGGUGGCGAGAACAGCGACGUGCACAAGGCAAGUCGAACAAUGAGCUUGAGCAAUACGAGAAGAAAGAACGGUAUCAAACCGUGAUGGACGAGGCUAUGAAACGCGCGGGACGGGCAUCUGCGCGUUGUGUGGAAAGGCAGGGUGCAAUGGACAGCAUUCCAUGGGAGGAUGAGAUCUAG